UUUAUGCAAUCGUUUUUGCAAAAACAAAGUACGGCGUGAAUGUCUGUUGAUAAAACAAAUCAAUUAACCAUUUAUUUUUGCGUUAAAGUGGAUACCCUUUUCAAAUUAAGAACGGCUGCAUACGUAUUUCAGCUCACUUACUUAAUGUCAUGGGCAGUCCCAGUUUUGGGAACUUUGGUCCAUUAAUUGGUGUGGUCUAUGUGAGCAGUACACAUUGCCGAUUCCUUAUUUACUCAACCAAAAAUGCGGAAGUUUUAACAUUUCAUGAAUUGAAAUUACGGCAAAUUGUGCACAAUGCUGGUUGGUUGGAGUACGAUCCUAUGGAAAUAUGGAAGAGUACUCAAGAAUGCAUCGAAACUGCGUACAAAAAUCUUAUUAUUUUGGAAAUCAAUCCGUAUGAUUUAGUAGCAAUAAGUAUUUGCAAUCAGCGUGGAACAACACUGUUAUGGGACAAAGAGACGGGAACUCCUUUGUAUAAUGCUGUUGGUUGGAGCGACUGCCGUACAUCUUCUCUUUUAAAGACGGUUCUUGGCAAUGUAAAUUACGAUGUAGAUUACUUGCGACACAAAACAGGGCUACCAUUAAGUACAUGCUUUAGCGCGCUUAAAAUCAGAUGGCUUCAGGAAAAUAUAACAUCUGUAUCAGAAGCAAUAGAAGUGGGCACGUGCCUGUUUGGCACACUUGAUUCUUGGAUUCUAUGGAACCUUACUGGAUCAAACAUAAGUGGAGUGCAUAUGACUGAUGUUACCAAUGCAGGUUAUACAAGUCUGAUGAACGUUCAUACUCUCCAAUGGGAUGCUAAGAUAUGCCAAUUUUUUCGUAUUCCCAUGGAAAUACUGCCGCGAAUUCGUUCAAAUUCUGAAUUAUAUGGUUACGUAAUAGGAGGUUCACUAAACGGACUUCCGAUAGCAGCGUGCAUUGGCGAACAGUCUGCUGCCCUAUUAGGUCAGUUACAAACAAAAGUUGGUCAAAAUGUUUGUAUAAUUGAUGACAGUUGCUUCGUGCUGCUAAACACGGGGGAAGAGUUAAUAGAUUCUUUUAAUGGAUUACUGUCGGUAGUUGCAUAUAAAUUAGGCCCAAAAGUUCCUGCUUACUAUUCCUUGGAAGGUGCUAUUUCUAAUGCCGGGGCUACGGUCAGUUGGCUAAAGCAAGGAUUACGUAUAUGUACUGAAAUAAAUUCUAAUGAUAAUGCUGUUGAAGUCCUCAGCACAUUUCUUGGAGAAAGUUCAAUGAUUUCAUCUUCUUGUUCAUCAGGUAUCUUAAAUGUCGAUUGUGGAUUAGCAGCAAAGCGUUCAGAGAUAACAUUUGUGCCUGCUUUUCAUGGAUUAUACGCGCCAUAUUGGCGUUAUGAUGCGCGAGGCGUCCUACUAGGUUUAACUAGUCAAACCACAGCAGAAAAUGUCACGCAAGCUGCUUAUGAAGCAACUGGUUUCCAAAUUCACGAAGUAAUUGAUGCAUUUAAACGUGACACACCAACAUGGAAUCGAAAAAGCCACAAAGAUCGAAUUAUAUUUUGUGGCGACUAUGCAGAGAACAACGCUUUCGUGCAAUUCAUUGCGGACAUUGUUGGUUGUCUGCUGGAAAGGCCUCAAACGACAUCACCUGCAUGUUUAGGAGCAAUGAUAUGUGCUGGCAUAACAAUGAAUGUAGUAUCUUUGCUACAGGCAGAAGUGAUGUAUCCGCCACCCGUGGAUGCAUUUACUCCAACAACCACCGCCAACCGGCGAGAACAACUGUAUAAACGAUGGAAUUAUGCGGUACGAAAAUGCUUAAAUUGGAAUAACUUUGCUACUUAUGAGGAGGACUUGGAACUUUUUGCGCAACGUGACAGUGAUCCCAAUCUUCCAAUACGCCGUUCGCUACCUGGCAGCAUUUAUAUAACUAGUUCGUUUCUGCUUUUGCUUGUAGCAAACUUUUUGCGUGGCCGUAACAUUACAUAGAUAAAUGUAUGUACAGUUAUAAAAAAGUGUUUGAAAAGAUAAAUGUAUUCCUAUUGUUAGCGAUCCUUAUGAUGUUGCAUUAAUGUUGUAAUUCUAUCAUUUUAGUUUAGUUAGUUAAUGAUUAUGUGUGCGUGCAUCUAGUCACGGAAAUUACUCAACGCGCUUCCUUUUAGUAUAUCAUCAAGUUUUUUUUAUCUUGCAUUUAUUGCAUUACAUAUAUUUUGAUCUGCAACUUUACGCAGAUUGAAUAAUUUUAUAAUCUCGUUAAGUUAAAUUGUGACAUUUCCGAUGUAAUAAAAAGAAGAUUUGUGUCUUCGUCAAUUUAUGAUAA